AUGAGCGACCUCAAGUUCUCCAUCGCCCAUCUAAUCGGCGAAGACUCAUCCCAUGGUAAGUCCUUGCUUUGUGUGAUCUGAUAUGAUAGUAUUAUUGUUUAUGAUCAUUUUGGGUAGGCAGAGUUUGUAUAUCAGUGGGGUCUCAUUCCUGCUAAUCUCUGAUCCGAGUUUCAUAGUGCAAUUCUAAUUUUCUGUAUACCAACUGCACUGUGCAUUCCCCUGCCGCAUUCUCUUUGAUCUCCCGGAAUCGCUCGCUAUGUGUCUGUUCGCUUGUUUCCUCUUUCUCGCUUUCUGAAAUAUAUCGCGAGUCCAAUGGAUUCGCGUAGGCUGAUGAUUAUUUUUUUUCUAAUGAUUGGGGGACAAAAUUGGGACAGUGAUCAGUUGACAUUUAUUCUUUCUCACUUUUUUUGUAUUUACAACCACAAUAAUCAAUCUCUCCUGUUUCCUUCCUAAUUGUACAAAAGCCAGACGCUUGAAUUUUAAUACAAAUCCAACUUGUACACUUCUCUGUUAUUCACAUUAUUUUGCAAGGUUUGAGGACUGAAAAUAAUGUUGCACUUUUUCCGUUUCUAUACCAAUUCACUGAAAUAUUCAAGAGAGUUGCAUGUAAAUUCAGCUGUUUCAUGCAUUGUUUUGAGCUCCUGAAUUCAUAUUCUGCUUUGAUGCACAAGACAAUAUUUAAGAUGCAAUCCCCGGAGAUCUGAAGGAUGUGAAGGUCAGAUUGGAGAGUUCCCAUCUGUGGCGUCGUUUUCAUGAGUUGGGAACUGAAAUGAUUGUCACCAAAUCAGGAAGAAGAAUGUUCCCGACUCUACAGUUGACGGUUACGGGAUUAAACCCCGAGGCCAAGUACUCUGUAAUGGUUGAUUUUAAUUGUAUCGAUAACAUGAGAUAUCGGUAUUCUUUUCAUCAAUCGAAAUGGAUAAUUGCUGGACCAGGUAAGCCUUAUUAGAUGGAAAAGAAAAAUAUUGAAAAGGUGAUGCUGAACUGCCUUGCCGAGUACAUGUCCACUCAGAAAGUCCGAAUAUGGGGAAACACUGGAUGAAACAAACGAUCGGAUUUGAUCGGAUAAAACUGACAAACAACCAGCUCGAUCAAAAUGGACAUGUAAGAUAGGCACUUAAAAGGGAAGUACUCCAAGUGCGACGCUCAAGUUUUCUUUAAAUUAUUCACAAACGUCUAACAUAAGCUAUAUAUCAAACUGAAAAUCGUAGCUAUGCGUUUUGCAGGAACAACCUAUUCAACGAUCUUUAAGCCGAGAGAGUAUGAGAAACGCGGAGAGCGGUCACAGAGAAAAAAACUUUUUAGCCAUACUUUUUUCCAGUUUUGUGCAAAAAAAAUUUUUUUUUUGUGAGGACUGCCGUUUACGGUAGAAAUAUUAGAUACGAAACUUUUUGUGAUAAAAUUUGCAAAAAGGGUCACGUUUUUUCAAACUUUCGACUAAAAAAUCUUGGUAAGUUCUGAGAAGCGAGCUAGGAGACUGGCUUAGAAAAAAAUAUCCUAAAUUUGAGCUUCAUCAAAACCUGAACGUCGCACUUGGGGUAAGUUUUGUGGUAGAACAGGUCAAGCGUUUUUAUGGUGUCUAAUAAGGUCGAUUAAAGGUAAUCGUCAACUCCAUGCAUCGUUACCAACCGCGGAUACAUGUAGUUCUUCACAAUUAUGACGGGACCGAGAAACAAAGAACGUUUAUCUUCUCAGAGACUCAGUUUAUGGCUGUUACUGCCUACCAGAACCAUAGAGUAAUCAUUUUAAUUAAAAUAACAAACCUUAACACCUUUAGAUAACCGAAUUGAAGAUUGAAUGUAAUCCUUUUGCCAAGGGAUUCAGAGAGUGUGAAAUGGAUCAGAUGAGACUUCUGACCGCCGCCCAUUCCCGUCUCCAACUACCGUACGAACAACUUUAUCCUCUUAUCUUUGGCAGAUUUACGGUGCCCUGA